AAACGAAAACCCUAAAUUUUGACCCAUUUUUUGACCGGGUCGGAUCUUUGUGACGUGAUUCCUGAUCCGCCGCCUUCCCCUACGUCGGUCCAAUCCACAUUUCCAUAAGCCUGUGCUCCCAAUUUGCCUCCCGCCAUUUCGACAGCCUCUCUCUCUCUCGGUAAUUUCAUCAAACACUUCGCUUCUGCAGCGGAUGGGGACGCCAUGAAUCCACCUCCAAACCUCCCUUUCUUCCCCUUCUCUCCCCCUAACCCGAAUGCCAACUUCUUCCCUCCUCAUCCCCAACAAAUCCCGCCUCCCCAAAACCCCACACAUCCUACGCCGCCUUCUCUCGCCGCCGCGCUCUUGUCCCUCGACCACCUCAUCGCUGCGUUGGCGUAAACCCCAUACUCCCUCUUGGCCCUGUUCCCUCUUAAGCCCCAAGUGGGCCUCGACCUCGUCUCUUGCCCUUUCAACCCUCACCACCGCAUGCCUCCUGAAUCCCUCUUCGGUCACUAUCUCAGCUGCCCCACCCCUCUCGAUUUAGAUUCCUCCCUGCAAUCUCUCAACUACCCGAAAACCUUGGAGCCCUCGGACGACAACCCCCGGUUCGUUGGAGCAGCUAGCGGUCCAGGCAGCGAGCUCUGCCUCACGUUAGACGGUUAUGGGGAUUUUGGGUCUAACCUUUUCUACGAGGAUUGUCCUGGUGCUGUUUCUUUCCUUGUCGAGGAUAGUGAUGCUAGGAGGACGUUUACGCUACCUGGAGUUCUGUCGAUUGAAUGCGGUAAUUUUGGUACUGAUGGUGACGUGGAUAUUGAAGAAGUUGAGAAUUUGUGCGUUAGUGUCCUGCCCUCGGAAUUGUGGAGCGCUCAGAGAGAAAUCGAGGAAUGGAGGGAUUAUCCGAAAUGGUAUUUGUACAAUGUGCUUAGGGUGAUUUCGGCGGUGGGGUUGGUUAAAGAGAGUGCUUUGAGGAGAUGGGUUAUUGUUAAUUCUGUGCGAUUUGGCGUGGUUAUUGAUGUGGCCAUGGGGGAUCAUAUUUUUACGCUGUUUACCCUAUGUUUGAAAGCAAUUGUAAGGGAAGGUGUUAGUUUGCUGAAGACAAGGGAUUUGGAAGGAAAUAAAGGGUGUUCAAGUGAGUUUAAAUGUCCCAAUUUGAUCCAGGUUAUGAUGUGGUUGGCAUCUUAGCUUUCUGUUUUGUAUGCUGAGG